CUAGCGCCUUCUUGAACUUGGUUUUAGCCCAUGCCCAAACCUGCCCCGUUAAAGGUAUUUACUAUUUCGUCACAUGCAAAAAAAUAUAAGGAGCUUAAUGUAAAAUUUUCAAACAAAGUCCGGCAGCGCCAAAUGCACGGUUCGGCCGUCGCCAGCGCUGGUAGCUCGACGUUCCUCUCCAAGAAGCAUCAAUGCCUCGCACUGCUCAAGCUCUGCUCUUCAAUCAAACACCUCUAUCAGCUCCAUGCCCAAAUCCAAAUCUGCGGACUCCAGAGCGACUCCUUUCUAGCGACGGAACUAAUCCGGGUAUGUUCACUCUCUUCUCGGAAAAACCUGAAUCACGCACGAACCAUCCUCAGCCGAUUGGCUAACCCACCUCCAGCGGCUUGGAAUCUCCUCAUUCGUGGUUAUUCCUCCAGCGACGACCCUAGAGGAACCAUACUCCUCUUCCGCCAGAUGCUCAGAGGAGGGAUCACCCCCAAUAACCUCACUUUCCCAUUCGUUCUCAACGCCUGCGCUUCUUCUUCUUCCUCUUCUUGCUCGGCGGAGAUCAAAGAAGGGGAACAGGUCCACGCCCACGUCGCGAAAUCUGGGUUGGACUGCUCUGAUGUCUACGUAGGGAACAAUUUGAUCCAUUUCUAUGGCUCAUGCAAAAGGGUAUCUCGUGCUCGCAAGGUGUUUGACAAAAUGCCCGAGAGGAGUGUAGUGUCGUGGAAUGCUGUGAUCACUGCCUGCGUUGGGUGCUCGAGUACAGAGGACGCAAUUCAGUACUUUAGGGAAAUGAAAGGUUCCGGGUUUGAACCUGAUGAGGCGACGAUGGUGGUCAUGCUUUCACUCUGCGCCGAGGUGGGAAACUUGGGGCUAGGCAAAUUGAUUCAUUCUCAAGUGAUCGAGCAAGGAAUGGAAUUGACUCACCAGCUGGGCACAGCCCUCGUCGACAUGUACUCAAAAGCAGGGAACUUGGUUUACGCCAUGUCUAUCUUUGAAUCCAUGGAGGAGAAAAGGAGAAAUGCUUGGACUUGGAGUGCAAUGAUCUUAGGGCUAGCUCAACAUGGCUUCGCCAAGCAAGCCCUCCUGCUCUUCCGUCGAAUGAUCUCUUCCACCUCCUCAUCGAUCCAACCCAAUUAUGUCACCUUCCUUGGAGUCCUCUCUGCCUGCAGCCAUGCGGGUUUGGUCCAAGAAGGGUUCAACUACUUCCAUGAGAUGCAACAUAAAUACGGGAUCAAACCCACUGCAGUUCACUACGGCGCUAUGGUGGAUAUACUAGCCCGUGCAGGUUACUUGAAGGAGGCGUAUGAGUUUGCCUCGAGCAUGCCUUGCCGGAGGGACCCUAUAGUUUGGAGGACUCUGCUCGGUGCUUGCCGUGGUAGGAACUGUGGUGGUAGUGAUGGUGAAUUGGUGGAGGAGGUGAGGAGGCGGCUGCUGGAGCUUGAGCCUAGGAGGAGUGGGAAUCUGGUGAUAGUGGCGAAUCUGUAUGCAGGUGCUGGGAUGUGGGAGAGAGUUGAGGAUGUUAGGAAGGGGAUGAGAGAUGGGGGGUUGAAGACUAGAGGUGGGGAGAGUUGGAUUGAGUUGGGUGGUUCAGUUCAUCAAUUCUUCUCUGGUUGUGGUCUGGAGGAGGGGGCAGAAGUGAUGAACCGGGUACUGAUUGGAUUGGAUCUUCAUGUUAGGAUGGUACAUUUCGAUUGAAGGGAAGUAUGGCUGUUAUCUUUGUAGAACGAAGAACAAUGUUUUCGUUCCUUGGCUAACAAGUAACCACCACUUAGGACACCUGACGCUGCCUGUCAAUCAGACCAGUUGUGGCUUCUUGCACCCGCCCAACGACAGGUAUUCAUUUUGCUCAUGUUAAUGUGGAUGUGCUCGUUUUAGCAUUCAAAUCCACUUAUCUUUGUAGCCAAAAUAAACACAUUCCUUAUAUCGGCAACAUUUGAUUUUGGAAAUUUGCAAUUGCAGGCUGUUCUAGAAUUCUAUCACCUUCACGUAAAAACUUACAGCCUCUACAGCAGUUUGAGAAGUAUUAUAUUGAAGGCACCAAGGCAAAGUCUGGAUCUCAUCCUCUCGAAGGAUCUCGUGAAAUUCGACGAUUGCUUGGUAGUUCUACAGAAUCAGGUCUCGAUGGAUGUGACCCAAGCAUUGUAUUGAGUCCAACGAAGAGCGAGAUAUUGACCGACUAGAGUGUGGUGGUUUAUGGGGUACGAGUUGCUCGGCGGCAUAAUGUAACAAAUAUCUGAUUGCGAAAUCAUAUAUUACUGUAAUACCCGUGGUAGAAUAAGCUUGUAUCGAAUUGUUCAUCAACGAAAUUGCAUAUUACUGUAGUACCCGUGGUAGAAUAAUCAAUAAUAUAGUGAAUGUCAUAUU